AUGGAAGAAUAUACACAAAAUUUCCUUGAACAAUUGUAUACUAUCCAUAUGCCCGGGCCCAAAGGGGCGACCCCAAAUGAUUCAGUGGAUACUCAUUUAAGUUAUCUAAAAUAUUGUUAUCCAUGUUCCAGAAAACAAGCGAUAUUAACUAUUCAGCAGAUAUUUCGUUCAUGGAAUCAAAAACGAAUAAAUUCGGCUAAAAUAAUUCAGCACGCAGUAAUUAAAUGGCUCUAUCGACCAGGUGGAUUAUUUAUGAAGCAAGCCAAAGAUCGAUAUUACCAAAAUGUGGAGAAAAAGAUACUUUUCAAAUCAGAUAAUAAGUGGAAGCUGGGAAAACUUCUCUAUUCUAUACAUACUAUUACGAUAAGGGCGAACGAAAACGAACCUCGAAAAGGUAAUAAGGGCAAAGAGCCCGUUGAUUCCUAUCAAGAAAUUGAUAAUACUAUAUUUCUCGAUGUCCUUACCACUAGCAAUGAAUUUAUUGACGUCAAUACUGGUGGCAAUAAUUUUUCAAAUACUGCUUUUAAAUGGGACAGAAUUAGUAAGGUCAAAAAAGAAAUUGCGAAGCGUGUUGAUACCACCCAAUUCAAACUCUAUAGGGAUAGUCCACAUCCUGUUAAUUUAAUGAAACAAAAUGAUAUAGUUUCUGAUUAUUUAGAGACGCGUACUUCAGAUAGAAUUCAUGUUGUUGUAGCACCUAAGCAAAAGGGGGGAAAUUAG